CGGCCCUUCUUUCCCUGCCCUGCUCCCCCCGGGACGCGGCUGGCUGCGGGCUGCCUCUCGCUCCCCCCCUCCCUUUUCCUUUUGAUUUUAUUUUACCCCCCCCCCCUCCCCCCCAGCGCGGCGGCGGCGGCGGCGGCCCGCCUUUCCCUCCCCGAUCCCUUCCCUCCCUUCCCCUGUCGCCGCUGCCCCGCCAUGGCGACAUGAGCCCGCCGGCCGCCGCCGCCGCCGCAGCUGCCCCGGCUAUGGGGCCCGCAGGGUGCUGAAGCGCCGCGGAGGAGCCCCGCCGCCGUCGCCCCGUCAUGGGGUGCUGAUGGCCGGGCCCCGCCGGGCACCCCGCCGCCGCGCAGGGGAGGUAGCUGUAUCCAGCUGGGUGGCAGGCGGAUCCAAGGGUUACCAUGAAGUUUUCAGGACCCCUGGAGAGCCAGAGGUUGUCUCUCCUUCUGGAGACGGCAAUCUCUAGGGAAGCUCAGAUGUGGAAAGCACAUGUGCCGAAAAUUCAGCCCAAUCAGGAUGUAGCCAUUUCUCCAAAGCAGAGGGAUGAGGUCAUCCAGUGGCUGGCCAAGCUCAAAUACCAGUUCCACCUUUAUCCAGAAACGCUGGCCCUGGCCAUCAGCCUUUUGGACAGGUUUUUAGCAGCAGUGAAGGCUCAUCCAAAGUACUUGAACUGUAUUGCAAUCAGCUGCUUCUUCCUUGCUGCAAAGACCAUCGAGGAAGAUGAGAGGAUUCCAGUACUGAAGGUGUUGGCUCGGGACAGCUUUUGUGGUUGUUCUCCAGCUGAAAUCCGCAGAAUGGAGAAGAUUAUCCUGGAUAAACUGAACUGGGAUCUUCACAUGGCAACGCCAUUGGAUUUCCUCCACAUUUUCCAUGCAGUUGCGGUGUCCAACAGGCCUCAGCUGCUGACCAUCCUGCCCAAGCUGAGCCCCUCCCAGCACGUGGCGGUGCUCACCAAGCAGCUGCUGCACUGCAUGGCCUGUUCCCAGCUGCUGCAGUUCAAGGGCUCCAUGCUGGCGCUGGCCAUCGUCAGCCUGGAGCUGGAGAAGCUGCUGCCCGACUGGCUGGCUCUCAUCAUCGAGCUGCUCCAGAAGGCACAGAUGGAUAGCUCGCAGCUGAUCCACUGCCGGGAGCUGGUGGCACAUCACCUUUCCACUCUGCACUCUCCUCUGCUGCCCAAUCCUGUAUAUGUCUACAGUCCCCUCCAGCAUACCCUGGUGACCUGUAACAGAGGAGCGUUCAAACGCCAGCCCUCCUCUGUCCCAGGGCCAGGGUUCUCCAAGGACAACGGCAGGCCAGAAGUGCCAGUCGCAGGUACAGCCGCGCUCUACCAGCGUCUGCCGGCUCCCGGGGGCUGCAAGCAAGCCUCUGCCAAGCGGAAGGUGGAGGAGAUGGAAGUGGAUGACUUCUACGAUGGCAUCAAACGGCUCUACAACGAGGACGUGGCUCCAGAGGCAGUGGCCCUUGAAAGCGUGGCCUCUGUCUGUGGCGCCGAUGUCUCCAGGCAGGAGGGCAGCGUUUCCCCGUGCCCACCUCUCCAGCCGGUGUCUGUGAUGUAGCUGUGGGCAAGAACCACCUGCUCCAGAGACCAGGCAGGACCGGGGUGGGGCCAUACCUUGUCAGGCUGAACCGAAGGGAGCCAAAAACCCAGCCAAAAAUUCCCAACCCUUUUUGGAUUAUUACGUUUGGGUUCCCCCUCCCCCCCACCUUGUGUGGCUAAUUCUAGUUCCACUAUUUAAGCACUUAAAAAAAAACAAAAACCAAAACCCCACACCAAAAAGUAUAUAAAAAAAAAAAUCUUUAAAAAAAAAAAAAGUCCCAAAAACCAAGAAAAAAGGAAAAAAAAAAAGUAGCCAGAAAUUGUUUCCUUCUAGUGUUGCCAGUUCCACUGUUUUGCUGCUCCUCUGUCUUGUAACCCACGCUCUGCACCCAAGGGCUCUCCCCACCAACUCUGCCUGCCUGAGACAGAGAGCUUGGGGAGGGGUCUCCUUCUCUGGAGACUUUCAAGACCGGUCCUGAUGUGGUGCUGGGUGAGCCUGCUGUGGCAGGAGGGGGUUGGACUGGAUGAUCUCUGGAGGUCCCUUCCAACCCCUACCAUUCUCUGGUUUCUCUGCUCCCCCCUCUCUGCUUGCUCCUCUUUUGAUUCUUGGCGAGUCUCGUGCAUGAUGUCCUGUGCCACCUGACCUCACCGCAGCUUUCUUUGCCCUCUCCCCCCGAGAGAAAGAGACUUUCUUUUCUGUGUUUGGUUUGGUUUGGUUUCGUUUUGGUUUCUCAGCACUUUGGCGUUUCAACAGGAGAGAGUUAUCUAAAAACUGGACUUAAGAGGAAAAAUGAAACCACAAAACCAAACCAGCCCCGAGGCUCUCAGGCAGGAUGCUGGGGUGGGUGCCCACUGUGCUCCGUGCCUCACGCCAAGCCCUCCCUGUUCCCACGCAGAAAGCAGGGAAGCAAUUUGAUAUCACUUUGACCAAGAAGGGUCUUUUCUCCCCUCCUGUUUGCACCAAGAAACACUGCGCUCAGCCUGGAUUUUCACCAACCCAGCAAGUGUAAACCUCUGAUCCUGGCGUUUUCCUACCUAUGGCAGGGAGGUGCUGGGGCAGCCACCUCCGCCCGAGGUUUGAGCGGUGUCCUUGUCAGCCACAGGGCCAAAGUGAGCGACCCUCACCCCAGUUUUGUGUUCCUGUCACCCCUAAGCAAGACAAACGUCUCUGCAAGUGUCCCACCCCCGUUUCUCAGAACGACCUGCCCCAAGUGUAAGCUCUCUCCACAGCCCUGAGGAAGGUAUCGUGUUUGGAGCCAUUGUACUGCUGAAAGCCUUCUGGUAGCAAUAAAGAAAAGUUGUCCUGGA